AUGCGUCCCCCCCGUCCCUCGGUGACAUGGACCGAUAUGGCUGUGGUGACACAGGCCAUCAUUUCAUUAGGAGAGGCUGUGCUCCUUCCACGCCGUAUUGUACCGCACACGUCGCAGCCAUGGCCCACGAAGCGGACGCCCGAGACGCAGGCCUCGGCCCCUGCGCCGCAGCAGCCUAUGCGUAGCACAGUAGCAAUGCCCCCCACAGAGGAGCACCGUACCACAGUGCGCACAGACGAGGAGCCACCUUCCAUGGUUCACACUGCUAGCACGCCACCGGCAUCCCAAACGACAUCCACACCGGCGGCAGAGGUGCCGAUCCACGACGCACGGCCAGGGCAGCCCGAGCAGCCUGUACAGACUGUGCAGCCUAUGCCGACCGUGUCAGCGACACCAUCGACGGUACCGACACCUGCGCAUGCUACUUCUGACACACCGCCAUUGCCCCUGGAGGAGUACGAUGCGACCAACGAGCGUACCAAGCCACUUCGGGCGACGCGAGUUCCCUCUUCGCGCAUUGGACGACUGUUGCAUUAUGGCAGCCUUGGCGCCGGACUUGCGUGGGGCUCGGCCAGUGAAUAUAUGCGCCGUGCCACGACUUCAUCGGAGGCCGAAGGCGCUGCAGCGCCUGUGUUCCUGUCAGCCCGCAAUGUCGAUCGCUUGGUCGACAAGCUGAGCACGAUGCGUGGCGCGGCGCUCAAGCUUGGCCAGUUCCUGUCGAUCCAGGAUAGUCAUAUGCUGCCGCCGCAAGUGGAAGAAGUGUUGUUGCGUGUACAAGAUACGGCACAUUACAUGCCCCAAUGGCAAUUGGAACGAGUGAUGACGCAAGAGCUCGGCGAGGAUUGGCGCUCGAACUUUGCAUCGUUUGAUGAGCGUCCGUUUGCCGCUGCAUCCAUUGGGCAGGUGCAUAGCGCCGUGCUGGCGGAUCCCUUUCCUUCGCAGCCACACUUGGCCGGCCAGCGAGUCGCUGUGAAAGUGCAGUUCCCUGGUGUGGCCGACUCGAUUUCGAGUGACUUGUCCAACAUCAAGUGGCUGUUUCUAGCCUCCUCGCUUCUUCCGAAAGGUCUGUUUUUAGAAAACUCCGUGCGGGUGCUUCAGCAAGAGUUGCAGGAUGAAUGCGACUAUGAGCGCGAGGCAGAGAUGGGCCGUCGCUUCCGCGAGCACCUCCAAGCGUCGAAGAAGCAUGACGGCAACGAAUCGCUGCCCUUCGAAGCGCCGGACAUCGUCAGUGCCUUGUCGACCAAGCGUGUGCUCACCACCGAGUUUAUGCGAGGACGACCAUUGACGCAGGCCUCGCGCUUGGAUCAGGCCACGAGGGAUCGUAUUGCCUCUGCGAUUAUGGAGCUCAGUUUGCGAGAGCUGUUUGACUGGCACCUCAUGCAAACAGAUCCGAAUUGGACCAACUUUUUAUACCACGAAGGCCGCCAAACCAUCCAGCUCAUUGAUUUCGGCGCCACACGGCCGUACACGGACCACUUUAUUCGCAUGUGGCUAGGCCUGCUUCGUGCCGCUGUCUCUGGCGACCGUGAGCUGUGUGAGCAAUGGAGCAUUGAUAUUGGCUACUUGACGGGUGAAGAAUCGGAGGCCAUGCGUACAGCGCAUGUGGAUUCCAUGUUGGCACUAGGGGAGCCAUUCCGUGCCGAUGCGCCUGUGCCGUAUCCGUUUGCGAAGCAGACAAUCACGGACCGCGUACGUGAGCAGAUCCCACUGAUGCUGCGUGAACGCCAGCGCCCUCCGCCCCCGGAAACCUACUCGUUGAACCGCAAGCUGAGCGGUGCGUUUUUGCUUUGCUCGCGUCUCGGGGCGAGUGUGAACUGCCGCGAUUUGUUUGCGAAGGUAACGGCGCCAUACCCACCCAGUGUGCCUUCUGCACGACUGUAUACCCAGGCCCGCCGACGUGCGUAA